AUGGAGGCGAUCUUGAAAGGCCUCAAUGCAGCACAACGAGCAGCAGUCACCACCCAAGCAUCGGUGCUACAAUGUCUCGCACCACCUGGCUCUGGUAAAACCAAAACCUUGACUUCGCGCGUCGCAUACCUGGUUAGCAAUGGCUUCCAGCCUCAGAAUAUCAUCUGCUGCACUUUCACCAUCAAGGCAAGUCGAGAGAUGAGGGAGAGACUUCGAGGACUUGUCGGCAACGAUCUUGAGAAGAGAUUGAUUUUGGGGACAUUCCAUUCAAUAUGCCGCCGGUAUCUUGUCACAUAUGGCCAUCUUAUCGGUAUCCCCAAGAACUUUGGCAUUGCAGACUCAAACGACAGUCUAGGCAUACUCAAAGCACUGCAAAAGAAGAUCAGGUUUGGCAUGGACCCCAAGGUAGCUCGUAACAAGAUCUCACAUCGGAAGGCAAAGGGCGAAAGGAUAGAGGAUAUUCUUAAGACGCCGAAGAAGAGCACAGAAGCCCAAGAGUUUGUGACAAUCUUCCAAGAAUAUGAGACUGCUCUGGCUAUUUCAAACUUGCUCGAUUACGACGAUUUGUUGCUUAGAUGCGUUGAGCUGCUACAAAAACACCCUGAAUGUGUGUCAAAUAUCGAGGCACUGUUAAUUGACGAAUUCCAAGACACGAACAAUGUGCAAUAUGAGCUGAUGAAAUUACUUGCAUCCGCAAAGAGGAGGAUAACCAUUGUUGGAGACCCUGAUCAGAGUAUUUAUGGCUUUCGUUCGGCUGAGGUCGAAAACCUGAAACGAAUGAAAGAUUAUUACCCUGAAACUGUGGUGAUCAAUCUCGAAGAGAACUACAGGUCGUCUUCCGCAAUCCUCAGUCUUGCACAAAACGUAAUUGAGCAGGACAAUGAGAGACCAGCGAAAAAGCUGAAGUCCACCCACUGCUACGGCACACCACCAGUACUGCGAUAUCUCACAAACCCCCAUGAACAAGCGGCUUGGAUCGUCAGUGAGAUCAAGAGGAUGACUAGGAUGACUGUUGGUUUGCUACAAUAUACGGACAUUGCAAUCCUGCUCAGAUCAACCUUUUUGUCCUUGCUGAUCGAAAAGGCUCUUGGUAAUGCUGGCAUACCUUACAGAAUGGUAGGAGGCAAACGUUUUUUCGAUCGAGCUGAAGUUCGUCUGUUGUUAGACUACCUAAGAACUAUCAAUCAUCCGGACAAUAACGCAGCCCUACUCUCCAUCAUCAACACUCCAGCUCGAAAGGUGGGCGUCAACACUGUGGCUGAGCUCACUAGGGCUGCCGAAAAUGCAAAGUUAUCAUUGUGGACUCUACUACAAAGGGUGCUUCGUGGCGAGCAUACGCUCGACAAGAGGCUGUCCAAGCCUGCUGAGCAAGGCCUUAACGAGCUUAUCACUCUGAUCAGAAGAGGCCAGGAGAAAUUGCAGAAGUUCGAGCCCGUGCAGGCUCCUGGUCAACUCAUUGAGUUUGUGGCAAGCGAGCUGGGCCUCCGUGACUAUCUAAAGAGCCAGUAUCGAGAAGACUGGGAAGAGAGAUGGGAGAACGUCAAAGAGUUGUCAGCCCAGGCCAAAGACGUCACCCUGGAAUCUCUCACUGCUGAGGAUCAAUUACCUGAAGUCGAUGGAGUCAAGCAAGCCCAAGCACAAGGCGCCCAAGAGGUCUUGACCAGGUUUCUCGCAAACGUGGCACUAUCUACAGAAGUAGAGUCUGACGAGAACGAGGUCAAAUCGAGAGUGACGAUCUCGACAAUACAUUCAGCAAAAGGGCUGGAGUGGCCAGUAGUCUUUGUGCCAGGAGUCUAUGAAGGAUCAAUACCUCAUUCUCGCGCCGAAGAUAUCAACGAAGAAAGACGGCUACUAUACGUGGCCAUGACCAGAGCGAAGGCGUUGCUUUACAUGACGUUCCCAGUCAAUCAAUCGCGGGAUGCUGAGUCGAUAUUGACACAAUUCUUAUCUUAUGAAAUCACUCGCUCCUUAGACAAGGUCGGUCCACAAUUCAGUGAUCAGGUAAUUCAAGAUAUCGCUACCGUCCUUGGACGUCGUGCACCAUCGCAAGAAGCACUGGCUAAGGCUGUCACCUCGCUGCAGGAUCAUGAAAGCCAAUACGAUGAUAUCUGGUCAGAAGAUGGGAGUCGCAAAGUGAUUUUCCACACUGGCGGCAAUGGGCUGUCAUCGCUGUAUUCUCAGCACGGACAAACUUUCGCUGAAGCCAUGAGAUCGAAGAUCAACUCUCAGCAAAGCUCAAAUUUCAGCACAUACACGGGCUUUACCACAGCAAACGAGCAAAUGGGGAUGACUCCUGCUCAACCAGAAGUAGUAACAAGGAAGGAAAAGCCAAAGCUCACGAAGUCCUCCUCCAGCCAAGGCAGCAUUGCGUCUUUCUUCAGCACAGGCACAUUCAAAGACACCAAGAACAAUAACGAUGGCCUUCCUCAACUCGCUAGAGCUUCGAGCGCUUCGGUUCCAUCUACCACCAAAGCGACUCUGCCUAGCAUUCCGAAAGAGCUGUCUACGCAUCGCAUCACCAACGAACACCUCACAAACCCCGUGACUGCUCUCAAACGGUCUCGACCCGUGUUGGCCGAUACCUCGAACAUUGAUCAGAAACCCAACAAACGAGCAUAUUCUUGUUUCUCGAGUUCGCCAGUAAAAGAGACGUUUGAUGAGAAUCUUCCUGCCGAGCCUGCGGAAGAGUCAAAAUAUAACACUACCAUGUCUGGCUUUAAAGCGCGGUCUAACACUACAUUCACGAGCUAUAGGAGUGGCAUGCUGAAUACUCUGGACAGACCGGCACCACUUCAUCAGGUGAGCACGAUCCCGGGUGUUAAUAAUGUCUCGAAGAAGACGCUCGGUAUGCGUAGGUCGAUGACUGGUUGGGCGGAUAGGAAAAAUAAGUAA